AUAGGGCCUGGGGCUAUCAGCAGGGCUGCACGGCCUCGUGGGUGCUCUUGAGGUGAAGGCAGAGGGGGUCAUGCCCUGUGUCCCCCGGCUUGCUUGUGUUCAUCCAGGCUCCCUCUCUGCACAGCCCUCCCCGGAUCCGAAGGAAGCAUGUUCCGGUUCAUGAGGGAUGGGGAGCCAGAGGACCCCAUGUUUGCAAUGGACCCUUUUGCUAUUCACCGUCAGCAUAUGAACCGCAUGCUUUCUGGAGGCUUUGCAUACAGCCCCUUCCUCAGCAUAACUGAUGGGACCAUGCCUGGGGCACGUCAGGCCAGCCGCAGGAUGCAGGCAGGAGCCAUCUCACCCUUUGGAAUGUUGGGAAUGGCAGGUGGCUUCAUGGACAUGUUCGGAAUGAUGAACGAUAUGAUUGGGAACGUGGAGCACAUGACAAGUGGUGCCAACUGCCAAACAUUUUCCUCCUCAACUGUCAUCUCCUAUUCCAACUUGGGUGAUGGCCCCAAAGUCUAUCAUGAGACCUCGGAGACGCGCUCUGCACCUGGCGGGAUCCGCGAAACGCGACGGACCGUGCGGGACUCAAACAGUGGCCUGGAGCAGAUGUCAAUCGGGCACCACAUCCGAGAGCGAGCCCACAUCAUGCAGCGCUCACGGAACCAUCGUACGGGUGACCAAGAGGAGAGGCAGGAGUACAUCAACCUGGAUGAGAGUGAUGCAGCUGCGUUUGACGAUGAGUGGAGGCGAGAGACGUCCCGGUACCGGCCACAGCGAGGACUGGGUUAUCGGCGUCACGAGAACAGCGGUGGCCGCCGUUCUGAAGGGACACCUCUUGCUAUUGAGGGCCCUGAGGAUUCCCCAUCCAGACAGGCCCGCCGGUACGACUGGUGAAUCCGGAGCAGAUUUUUUUGGGGGGUGCAGCGUAGUCACCCCCAAAUCCACCUACUUUCUCUUGUAAGUCUGACUGUCCUCUCCACUCCCCCCAUUGUGUGGCUGCCUCACUCCCUCUGAACCUCACUUUCAGUACUCCCAACAUGGGGUGCAGGGCCUCAAUGUGAGCCACUUUGGGGGUGUCAGUUGGAGAAGGGGGGCAUGCUCCAGAGUCCAGCAGGAAGCUUCCUCUUGGCAGCUCAUUUUUGCCAACACCCAAAACAGGGUGGGUGGCUUCAGCCUGAGUCACUUCAGACACUGAAUGGGGAGACUUUCCAUCCUGGUUCGGGGCUGAUAGUGUGGGAGUGUUAAAACUUGGUUUCCCUCCUUUUUGUCUGUCUGUCUUGUGGACACACUUUGGGGAGUUUCUGCCACUUGCACCCUGGAUCGUGUGGAGUUGCUGUCUUCCCUCGCCAGGCAAAUACAAUUGUGGGUUUAAUUGUGUGAGGAAAUGGGGAAGCAGCAUCUGGGGAACCAAGGAGAUAGUGUUAAAAAAUGUUACUAAACUGAAGUUGGAGACUGUCUGCAGGAAAUGUCUAUUUACAGAUGAAACCAAACUUUCCUGAGGUCAGCUCAAGUCUAGAUUCAAUAGAGGAGUGCUGGGUUUUCUCUUCCUCCCAACAUUCUGAAUUGGGUUUACUGGGAUUUGAUGUAAUGCUAAGAAUUUAUCCAAUUCUCUGAUCAGUUUCUCUUGCUGAGUUUUAAAUUGCAGUGCUUGGUUUUACCUUCUGUACCAUCCCUUUAUUUAUACCUCUGUAACUUGCAUUCUCUCUCUCUCUCUCUCUCUCUCCUCCCUCUUUUCACC